AUGGGCAAUUUACCAAAACCACGCGUCGAAGAAGCGGCGGCCUUCACACACACGGGCGUAGAUUUUUUCGGUCCGUUGUUUAUUAAAGAGAAAAGAUACAGAAAUAGAAAUCGUGUAAAGGCUUACGGUUGUGUCUUCGUUUGCAUGACAGUAAAGGCGGUACACAUCGAAAUAGUGAGCGAUCUCACGACGGAGAGUUUUCUCGGUGCCUUCAGACGUUUCAUUGGGCGCCGGGCAAUACCUGCUCAUGUCUAUUCGGAUAACGGGACGAACUUUGUGGGUGCGAAUAACCAGCUCCGUGAAUUAUACGCCUUGUUCGAUUCCGAUAAAUUUAAAGAGAGCGUAAACGAAUUCGCGGUACAUAAAAAUAUAACGUGGCAUUUUAAUCCGCCAUUAUCACCGCAUUUCGGGGGCAUAUGGGAGGCAGCGGUCAAAUCAUUUAAACAUCAUUUUAAGCGUGUUGUAGGCGAACGCCUCUUUACAUUUGAGGAAGUAAAUACCCUCGCGAUAGAAAUUGAAGCAAUUUUGAAUUCGAGACCGCUGUGCCCUAUCUCGUCGGAUCCAAACGAUCCUAUUGCAUUGACUCCUGCUCACAUACUGGUUGGUCGACCUCUCACGAUGCUACCAGAAGAUAAUUAUCUUUCAGUUCCAGAAAAUCGAUUAUCAUCGUGGCGCCUCAUUGCAAAGGCACGCCAAGAUUUCUGGAAACGUUGGUAUACGGAGUACCUUAAUGAACUCCAAAAGCGCCAGAAGUGGCUCGAAGCCCGUGGUGAACUCAAGGUGGACUCAAUCGUCAUCCUAAUGGAUAAAAAUCAGCCAUGCAUGCAGUGGCGGCUGGGCAGAGUAAUGGAAAUACAUCCCGGUGGUGAUGGCGAAGUUCGAGUUGCAACAAUAAAGAGUGCAAAUGGCAUUUUUAAGAGGAACAUAACCUCAUUAUGUCCGUUACUUGAAGACGUUCAAGAACACGCGAAUUAA